CCUCACCAAAUUCGUCCGAGCCGCCCAUCCCAGGCUCCCCCCGCUGAUUGGCCAACCACAUCCCGGCCCCGAUGUGAAAGCGCCGUGUGCCGGCGCUUCGAGGUCGCUCAACGCCAAUGGGAACGUCGCGAGCCUAUUUCGACCGUCCCCUGGGCUCAAACGAGGUCGUCCUCUCUUUUGAAAGUCUUGGGCGUCCCCACGGUCUCGAACAAGGUGCUUCGAUACGGUUCCUGCGCCCCGGACGUGGGUCUUCGGACCACACGCACACCCUGGCCGACGUGCUAUCGUGCGUGCUCGCAAGUGCCGUGUGAGAAAUGCUAUGUAUGCACUUGCACGGGGGUGUCGUGA